AUCUUUGGCUUCAGCUAUUGGCUCAGAGCUAUUGACUGCCUGACACCAUCUGCAAAGCUGCAAUCUCUACUCUUCAGAUCCAUUCAACACACGACUUGAGUCAGCGAACGGACUAUCUCUGCUUUAAGCAGAAUCCGAUCUUGUUAACCUAAUUUAGAAUAAGUGAUGCAGACAGCUCCAUGCACUCUCUUUUCCUCUCUUGCACAUUAGGUGGCCCAGCUGUGCUGCUCGUGAAAGAAACAAAAUAGGAGACAUGUUUGGAAUAUCUUUAUUACAUCAAGUGCUGGAUCAAACUUGAAGCCAAUAUUUUAAAUUCUGCAAAUUAAAAAAAAAAAAAAGGUUAAGACAGAGGGGGAAAAAAAGGUCACCUUGCUACUUCCAAUGCUGUGUUUUAGCUCUGAGUAGAAACUACAUUUUGGAUUUAUAUUUUGCCGAGUGUCUUGUUCUACUUAGUCUGCUCAGCUGCAUGAACUAAAAUACUGAUGGUAGAUGCCAAAGGAAAGAACAUGAAAUGUCUUACUUUUUUCUUGAUGCUUCCAGAAUCUGUCAAGAACCGGUCUAAAAAGGGCCCGAAAAAAGCGAGUUCCAGUAGUAGCAGCAGCAGCAGCAGCAAGUUGCCCCCAGUUUGCUAUGAAAUAAUUACAUUAAAAACCAGAAAGAAGAAGAAGAUGGCUGCUGAGAUUUUUCCAAGCAAGAAGCCAGCAAACAGCAAUUCUAACUCCGUGCAGCAAUAUCACCAGCAAAAUCUCACUAACAAUAACACUAUCCCUUCCCCGAACUGGCAAGGACUGUAUGGGACCAUCAGAGAAAGAAAUGCAGUAAUGUUCAACAAUGAGUUGAUGGCAGAUGUGCACUUUGUGGUCGGGUCAUCUGGAGAAACGCAACGCUUGCCCGGGCAUAAGUAUGUUCUAGCGGUCGGCAGUUCGGUAUUCCAUGCAAUGUUUUAUGGAGAGCUUGCUGAGGACAAAGAUGAAAUCCGUAUACCAGAUGUUGAACCUGCUGCUUUCCUUGCAAUGCUGAAAUACUUGUAUUGCGAUGAGAUAGAUUUGGCUGCUGACACCGUCCUGGCAACUCUGUAUGCUGCUAAAAAAUAUAUCGUCCCGCAUCUAGCCAGAGCAUGUGUUAACUUCCUAGAGACCAGUUUAAGUGCUAAGAAUGCCUGUGUUCUCCUGUCUCAAAGCUGCUUGUUUGAAGAACCCGAUUUGACCCAGAGGUGCUGGGAAGUGAUUGAUGCACAAGCAGAACUGGCUUUGAAAAGUGAAGGCUUUUGCGACAUCGACUUCCAGACACUUGAAAGUAUCCUUAAAAGAGAGACUUUAAAUGCCAAAGAAAUUUUUGUCUUUGAGGCGGCGCUCUGUUGGGCAGAUAUAGAAUGUCAGCGCCAAGAUCUACCUCCCACCAUCGAGAACAAGAGGAAGGUUUUGGGCAAAGCUCUUUACUUAAUUCGUAUCCCAGCCAUGGCACUGGAUGACUUUGCCAAUGGUGCUGCCCAGUCUGGAGUGUUGACUUUAAAUGAGACUAAUGAUAUCUUUCUCUGGUAUACAGCUGCUAAGAAACCUGAACUAGAGUUUGUAAGCAAUCCUAGGAAGGGGCUUGUCCCUCAGAGAUGUCAUCGCUUCCAGUCCUGUGCAUAUCGCAGCAAUCAGUGGCGAUACAGAGGUCGAUGCGACAGCAUCCAGUUUGCUGUUGAUAAAAGAGUAUUUAUUGCAGGAUUCGGCCUUUAUGGCUCCAGCUGUGGCUCAGCCGAGUACAGCGCCAAGAUUGAACUUAAGCGCCAGGGUGUGAUCUUGGGGCAGAACCUAAGUAAAUAUUUUUCGGAUGGAUCCAGCAAUACAUUCCCUGUUUGGUUUGAAUAUCCAGUGCAGAUUGAACCAGAUACUUUCUACACAGCCAGUGUGGUCUUGGAUGGCAACGAAUUGAGUUACUUUGGACAGGAGGGAAUGACUGAAGUGCAGUGCGGAAAAGUAACUGUACAGUUUCAGUGUUCCUCAGACAGCACAAACGGCACUGGGGUGCAAGGAGGACAGAUACCCGAGCUUAUUUUCUAUGCCUGACUGCAUACUUUUCUAGGGUCUGAAAGACAGCGUGCAGUUGUCAGAGUAUGGGAACAUACGGAAUGUGAUUUACAUAUAUAUUGGUGAGACUGCUGUCCGCAUCUAGGUUUCUAGUUUGGCAUAGUUUACUGCUGUAUAGAAAGACUGUAAAUGAUGGCACUUUCUAAAAUAGUUUAUAAAAAAAUGUCUUUAACAUAAACCCUGCCUAAUACAACAGAAAAGAUAUUUUGCUAAAUACAUCAUAAAUUAAGCCUGUAAGUAUAGUUUAUAUCAGAUGUAUCUUUUUAUCUUAAAUCCUAUAAAACUCCAUUAUACCUAUAUGAUGAUUUGUAAAUAUCAGUAAUUCACAGCAACCACCCAGAUUUCACUUUAAAGUGCACUUGUCGCAUAAGCUAUUCAAAUAGCAGGAGACACCAGCAGGUAUCAGUGUGAACUUCCUAGGCUUGGUUUCCGUGUCGCACAUCGCAGUGGAAUUACGUUGUUUGGUAGGGGUGUGUGUAAGCACAGCAUGUAAACCAGAAAGUCAGAUGAUGAAGUUUGGGACUUCCAUGAUAGAGAAAUAUUAAUGUGAUUGUAAAGCCACCCAUUGAGUUUAAAAUUGAAAUAAAAGGCAAACCAUUUUGUGUAAAGAUAUAAAAAUAAAAUUUAUAAAUAUCUU